AUGCAAGAUACGGCGCGGCAUGCGCUUUACACGGAGGUGCCGAUUGUCGACUUCACGGAGCUCUUGCCCCCGUCGUGUGUAAUGACGUCUACGGAUAUGCGGCGGCGGGAUUCGAUGCUCCGAUCUCUCUCCGGCGGAACGUUUGCCUCGAAUGACUUGCAGGAAUCAGAGGAAGAAGAAGAUGCCGAUAUAGAGACGAUGGAGCAGCUGCGGGCAGCGCGACGCCGCCUCCACGCACAAGAUACACUGGGGUGGGAAAAUCCGUCGGAGGAGACACUCAGCAUGCCGGAUCAAUCGCGAUGCCGCACCCAAGUAGAAGCAGAGUCGACCGAGGGUGGCGUGCUGCGGCGCAGACGCAAGUCCAGUAUCGGCGCUACGCAGCUACCAAAAACGGAUCUGAAAAUCGAUCUGCGAAGCCUGCCACGCACGUCCUGGCUAGAGGCCGAAAGGCGGCGCGUCGGUCGCGCCCAGGGAAUGCGGGUCAGUCAAUCGCCCGAUAGCAACAAAGUGUGCGGUCCCAUGUGCCCUACACUGGAUACCGCGUCCGCAUCGCAUUUCGGCGAAGCCGGCUAUAUAGCACUGGAGCCAAAAGAGUGGACCUGGAAGAGCAACGGCGCGGAAAUGGCCGACGCGGUCGAUACGAUACCACGCGCUGCAAAUGCAGAGAUGGAGUGGACAUGGGUGUUUUCAACCGAGCCCAAAGCCGGCGUCACGAUAAACCUGUAA